UUUUCCAAAACUCAAUAACUUCCAAAACUAUAAAUGAAGUCCAAUUCACCUAUAAAUAGAAACCCUACAAAAAUCAAACACUAACCCCUAACUCAAUUAAAUUAAAUUAACUAAUCCACAAUGGCACAUUUACUCUCAUUCUCCCUCCUCCUACUUGCUGCCGCUGCUACGGUGGCGGCGGCCGAUCCCGACGCCUGGUUCCGAGCCUUCUCUCGGAAAAAGGAGAAAUCAGCGGUCAUCCGAUUCUACCUCCACAGCGCUGAGGGGGGGCCCGAGCCGAAUUUAUACGAGGUUGCUCGAUCGUCGAUCACGGCGACAUCGCCGACGCAAUUCGGGCUGGUUAGGGUUUUGGACGACAAGGCGACGGCGGAUCCGAUCAGGAGCUCGCCGGAGCUUGGGCGGGCGCAGGGGAUGAUUACGUCGGCGGACCUCCGGGAGCCGGCGGUGGCGGUGGCGAUCAACGUGGUGUUCACGGCGGGGCCGUACAACGGCAGCACCGUGUGUGUGGCGGGGAGGAAUCCGAUCGGGAUCCCGAGGGGCCGGGAGCUGGCGAUACUGGGAGGGACCGGGAUCUUCCGGAUGGCCAGAGGGUAUUUGAUAGAGAAUACGUAUUCGUUUGAGCCCGUUGAGAGAUAUUUUGUGUUUGAGAAUACUUUGUAUGUUCGUUACUACGACUAAUUACACACUACAUAUAUAUAUAUAUAUAUAUAUGUGUUUGUUUGGGGAUUGGAUUGGAUUUAUACUAUUCAUCCAAAAUUUUUUUUCCAAAAA